CUGUAUUUAUUACUGCCGACCACCAGAGGGAGCUAUAGCAGAUAGAAACGCUGCCAGGCCAAUCUUGUGUGUGACUAGGAGGCAGUAGUAUUCUAUGUCUGUAAAAUGUCAACACAUUUGACAGGCGUGAGACUCUUCUUAGUAAAAUAAAGUGCUGUAUCUGUGCGUGUAUUUUCAAGACUAUUUCUAGAGGUUAUUUCGGAGGUGAGCUGCCAUGGCUGAAGGUGAGCUGGAAGCGGUGAGGAAAUGUUUGAGAGAGUUUUCAAUAGAAGCCCGAGAGCUCUUCCUGGGUCGCUCCGUACCCUAUCUGGAGCAGCCGCCGUCUCCCCUGCACUUCCAUCGGGACUGGCUGUGUACGAACAAACCCUGCAUCAUCCGCAACGCCAUCCGCCACUGGCCAGCGCUGUCCAAGUGGAGCCCCGCCUACCUCAGGGCAGCCGUGGGCUCGAAGCUGGUCAGUGUGGCGGUCACUCCUCAUGGUUACGCAGAUGCUGUGUUCGGGGAUCGCUUCGUCAUGCCUGAGGAGCGGCGCAUGCCCUUCGCCUCGCUGCUGGACCUGAUUGAGAGCCGGGGCGGGGGUGGAGUCGAUGGGAGGAGGGGCGUGUUCUACAUGCAGAAGCAGUGCUCCAGUCUGACCGAGGAGCUGCCGGAGCUCAUCGGAGACGUGGACACUGAGAUACCCUGGAUGAGCAAGGCCCUGGGGAAACACCCCGACGCUGUGAACUUCUGGCUGGGAGAAGAAGCUGCUGUCACAUCCUUACACAAGGACCACUAUGAGAACCUGUACUGUGUGAUCUCAGGGGAGAAGCACUUCAUCCUCCUGCCUCCCUCCGACCGACCCUUCAUCCCGUACGAGCUGUACCCGCCAGCCACCUUCAAACAGAGAGAGGACGGCUCCUUCGAUGUGGUGGAUGAGGAGGCUGCGGAGAAGGUGCCCUGGAUCCCAGUGGACCCCUUGAACCCGGAUCUGGAGCGCUACCCAGACUACGGGCUGGCCCGGCCGCUGCACUGCACUGUGAGGGCGGGGGAGAUGCUGUACCUGCCCUCCCUGUGGUUCCACCACGUCCGCCAGUCUCAGGGCUGCAUCGCAGUGAAUUACUGGUAUGACAUGGAGUUCGAUGUAAAGUAUAACUACUUCCAGCUUCUUGAGUCUCUCUCUGCUGUCUUGGGCAAGAACUAGGGGAUUGUGGGAUACUGGAGGUGUGGCAGUCACAUGGUCCAGAGGAGUCUUGGAAAGCAUUAGCCAGCAGAACAGAAGAAUGCGGGCAACAUGCAGGGGUCACGCAGGGGUCAACCACAGUCGCCCCAGAGAGGAAGGGCAUCUCACUAGCAGCAGGGAGGACCUCUGGGCAUCGUAUUUAUUUUUAAUAAAAGAGGGCAUCUUGUGCCUGCUGCUGUA